AUGGCCGAUUCUCAAGCAAAACCAUCUGUCUUGAUCUUUGGCAAGUGGAUUGAAUACUUGUUCAAGGGCACUUGCCGCCUUGCUGGUUCCGCUCGAUGGCGAACCUCUGGUAUCGUCGACAAGUAUUCGGUUCACCCCCCAACAACUUAUAUCGGGCCAGAGUUCCCCAAGAUCUUGGAAAAGGCCCAAGUCGAGUAUCGACAAGCCAACUUGACUGUACAAGCGACCAUCUCGUCGGUGUUUGAGCCCAACGCUGGACAACCUGAAUUCGACUAUGUGUUCGACUUUACUGGAGAGGUCAGGUAUGACCGAACGGAGGUGAUUCAAUACAACACCACGUAUUGCGUUGCGAGGAUGCUCGGGUUGGAGGCCGCCAAACGCAAGAUCAAGGCCUACGUCAGGAUCCAGCAAUCGUUUUACGAAACCUCGUCCAAGGGUCCCCAGGACGAGAAGGAAGAUGCAAAGCCUGCUGGGGUUGCAGGCACUUGGUGGCACGAGACUUUGCGCGGUUUGGGAGCGAUCGAAGAUCUCAACCUCGUCAUCUUGCGCCUGGGUUUCAUCUAUGGGCCAUACACAACUCAUGGAAUCAUCACGACUGCGAUCAACGUUGCAGCGGUCUACGGGUAUCUCAAGAGACCCAUGCGAUCCUUGUGGUCCCCUGGAAAGCACGCCAACAACACCAUCCACGUCGAUGAUGUGGCUGGUGCUGCAUGGGCUGCCGCCGGGUGGAUGGCCAAACUAGGCCGCAAGGCUGCCGAUGAGGCUGCUGGUGAAGAGAUCCUCUUCCACAACGACAAGAAGAAGAUAAAGGAGUUUGAGAACAUCGUUCCUCACGACCAAAAGGUCAUCGCUCCUCUCUUCAAUGUUGUCGAUGAUUCGAACAACACCUUGUUGAGCGUGGGACAGACGGUCACUUCGUUCUUCGGCACCACGUUCGAAUUCCUCAGUCUGGUUGAGAGCACUGUGUUCAAGAUCACCGAUGCCGUCGAUGAUAUCAACGAGGAACACGUCGGCGGAUGGACAAAGAUGCUCACAGAGAACAAUCCUCCGAUUGUGCACACCCCGUUGACCGCGUACAUGGACAAGUACGCUCUCGAAAAGCAUACCCUCGGCUUUACCAACGGAAAGCUCAAGGACACAUUGGGAUACUCGCUGAAGAGACCCGAGUUUAGUCACGAUGCCAUAAAGGAGAUCGUUGACAAGUGGAAGGCUGAAGGUGUCUGGCCUACUGUUUGA